AUGUCCAAGAAAUCCAAGUAUGUUGCCAACGUCAGCACAGACGCUUUGGAGCAACUCUCUGUCUUGCUAGACAGUUUUGAGAAGAAAAAAGACCGAAAGCCAGAGGACUUGAACGGUCUUUCUUCGUUUCUUCACACUCCCUCGAAUCUGAUCUCUUUGACCCAAAAUUUCUCAUAUUUGUCCACCAUCAACGAACAUUCGGGUCUAUCGAACAUUCUCAACAAAUUUGUUAAAGUGGUCAGAUUGGGAACUCAGUAUCAAGAGCUUCAAAAACCAUGCUCUUCCCUGAUCCAAGAUAUCUUUUCCUCGCACAAUAUCAAGAUCUUCUAUAGAUGUCUGAACAAUCAGAGACCUGGAAUCACUAACCCUGCAUUGAGGCUUCUCACCGCUUCAUUUGAGUUCAGAAAAGGAGAGUUUGUCGAUACAUUUCUUGACAACUUUGAUCUGUCUCUGAAAAUUCUACCUCAACUUCUCAAUCCUUCCAAAGCAGAGCUGGAAGAUGCGUCAAAGGCUAAAAACUCUGGAUCUAUACGGUACAACUUCAUUGUGUUUUGGACAACGCUAUGCUCGCACUCGUCGCCAUUAACUCGCAGAGAUUUAUUGGCUAAUAAUCGAAAAAUUGUAACCAAUUGGUUCAAACAUAUCGCUUCCCAUGAUUCAACAGAAACUAUUCAGCAUACACUCAAAUUCUUAGACGAGGCCAUUGUUCAAGAACGCACUUACAAGAAAAUGACCAAAUGUAAGAUAUUCGGAGACUUUAUUCCAAGAAAAUUGUUGGACUUGUAUGCUAUCGAGUCGGUCUCUUCUAAUGUGCAUCAAUUCCUGUUGACACUUGCUACGGAUUACGACCUCGGGUUGGUGUUUGCAGUUGACAGAAGCUCUGAUUCUAGUGGAGUUCCGGUCACUGUUGGUGAGCAAACAUUCAGAAUACAUAACAAGUUGAUUUAUGGUUUGUUAACUGGUUGCAAACCAUGGACAAGCGAGAAACAGCUCGACCUAGUUGUGUCGGUCUUGAGUGCUGUUCCUGAACUCAUUCCAUGUUACAAUUAUCACUUAUCGCAUACUAUUGGAGUGAGUGAUCCAAAACUCUCGAUGUUGUACGUCGCUGAGUCGUGGUUGCUCACCAAAAUCAUCAGAAUACCCAUCCCUGAGAAACUUUUCACUUCUACAAGAUCAGUAACAACUCUGGUGGAGUAUAUCUGUCCAAACUCGCUGAGAAGAACAUCUUUGUCGAAGAACCUCACAAGCAAUGUGUCGUUGGUUCGUCACAUUGGUUCACAGUUGAUUAUCGAUGUUUUGCAGAAGCUUGAAAAAAGCUUUGAGUUGAUUCCUGUCGAUAUUAGAGACGAAGUUAUGGAAAUUCUUCAAACCCAAAGACUUCCAGAUUUGAGCUCAAUCACUGGUGCAUUGAACGAGUGCUACAAAGUGCCGCCAUACAACAAACUUCUCAUAGUUAAUUUGCUGAAAGCGUGCGAAUACUAUCAAUCUGUGCUGGCCCAGACUGUCUCAUUGAACUUACCGAAAUUAAACCUUGGUCAAGAAGAGAAUUUUGAGUCCAUCGAUUUGGUGAUCUUGGACUCUUAUCUGAAAAUCAACGCCGACUCGCAGCAGAAUAAGUGGACCACUACUGGAUCUGGUAAGAACUCGCUAUUCACCACGAUAUUGAGAUUACCAUAUCGACUGAAAAAUUCCGGAAUGGAUAACAAAGUGGUUGCUGUUAUUUCCAACCUUAUUGACUCUACCUUGGCCUUCACUGAUUACAAGUUGGAGACUACUGGUCCACUAGCGUCUCAAGCUUGGGCUUUGGUUUAUUCGCUGGACCUGUAUUCCAAGUUUGUUGAAGACGACUGUGAAAUCGACGCCGUGUGCAAGAUUUUGGACGAAUCCAUAGCGAGAGUGAUGAGAACGCCAUACAAAUACGUUGAUGUCUCAAGGGAAUUUGGAGAACCUGUUAGUCCAUUCUACGUGGCAGUCAUUGAACAAUCCAAAUUUGCUACCAGUGAAAAAGUCUUAACUUGGAUCAACCUUUUCAGCAAGUACAUGUUUUUGCUUGGUGAGCCUCUGGAGAGUAUGAAACAGGUGAUCAACAGAUAUUGGCAGAAAGAAGUUUUGGAUUUCGAGGAGUACGAGAAUUCGCUGAACCAGUUUUGCUCCCAGUUUUACAAGGACGAUAAUCUUCUGUUUUUUGAGAAAGUGGUCAACUAUCCUGUUUCACUGUUGAAGAAAACCAUUUCGGGUGGAAUAGCGACAACUGACUUUGAUAUCGUUUGUCUUUUCAGACGAAUUGAGAUCAUAGCCUCAGAUGACUCGUUGAAACUACAGGAUAUAGAAGACUUGGUGGUUGAGUUGAUCUCCAAGAUCGGAAACUAUCUAGUCCAGCAAACAAACGUCAAAUCUGCGGACCGUUUGGACUUUUUUAAGUCCAAGUAUUGGAACAGACUGUAUCUCGGCCAAAGCUCAAAUGAGAAACAGUUGAUGGUUGCAAAACUUUUGGAUGAGCUGUUUUAUGGUCUUUUCGAGCAGGAUACCAAAAUCAAGGCCAAGAUGUCAGACUACCAGAGCUUUGUGAGAAAGUAUGAGCCUAAAUCACCAGAAGAAGAAACCAUUAUAGCCGACUCGUUGUGGAUCUUGAACAAUGACGAGAUCAUUGAAAAACUAUCCAUACCAGGAACAAUUGGCAAUAAGGCGUUUGAACUAGCAGUUGCAAAGAGAAUUGAGCUGGACGCAGAGACUGUUGUGGGUUUGGCUGAUCUUAUUAACGAACAGAACUUCCAGAACUACACCGUUCUCUCGAUGAAAGUGAAGUUAUCUUUGAUUCAGAUUGAGCUGCUUCUGCAAAAAGCCGAAUCCAACCCGCUGAUUUUCUAUGCUCUGUCUUCACUCCUCCAAACAAAUUCGGAACAUGCUGUUCACUUGGCUACCAAAAUCCCAGAAACAGGGAAGUCUUCCGCCUAUGGCCUGCGGUACCUUGUUACUUUAAACAAAUAUGCAGCCUCGCCUGAACUGCAACAGGGUUUGGUUCAAAUCGCUACGGAAGAGCUUGCACACUUCUUUGAAUCCUCCUCGUCUUCAAACGUCAGCACAUGUGUUGAGAUUCUGGCCGAUUCCGCCUCCUACUCGCUAUUCUCACAACUAGUUGAUUUUGCUCCGUUUUACAAGAACGCAGCCUAUAUUUUUGGUCCAGAGUCUGCACACUUGGUUUCUAAGCUCCCUUCAAACGCUCCUGUGCUCAAGAAAUGGUGUUCAAAGGCAAUUCUUUAUAUCACCAGAACUUUGGCUGAAAAAGACGUUCUUUCGUCCCAGUUCUUAUCCUUCCUUCUGUCUCUGCAAGGCUUGCUGAAAUCUGUGGACAUUUGGAAAAUCGUUCAACCUUCCUCGUUGAAUGCCCAACUGGAAACGUUGUUUUCCGGUAAAUGGGUGCAAAACGAGGUCGUGAUGAAGUAUUCCACGAUGCUGUUAAUGAACACUUCGUCAAAAGCCAUUCAAUCUUCGAAACACAUCCAGAUUCUCGCCAAUAACACUGUCAACGUUCUGAGCGAGCUUCCAUCCAAAACUAACUUGGAGCUGCGUUACCACACAGCUCUGUCGCUGUAUUACUUAUCACAACGCGGUCCAGUGACCAAUUUCGACGUUGUGAAGCAGGUGCUCCAGUUUUACACUGCAUCUCUGCGUGCAGACGAUCUGGUUUUGAAACAGGUGCUGAAGGAACUGGAAAACGGCACUGGACAGAGCUGGAUGAGUUUGGUCGCCAGCUGGGAAUUUUACGACACAGAGUCAUACGAGCCGUAUUCCACCGGACUGAUUACGAGUAUCAGUCAGGGUCUGAUUGUGAAUCUUUCCAAGAAAUUCAUUGAGAACUCUAUCUCCAGGUUCCGUGGCUCUUCUGAAACAUUCCAGCUUCCAAAUGGUGCUACCGAUUGGCAACAGUGGCAGGACUUUUAUCGUCACAAUGCAGUUGUGCUUGGACAUUUGGUGUUUGACAACAUCUAUGCGCAAACGGUGUAUGACCCAGAGUUUUUGAUGCUCUUGGUCAUCAACAACGACGAACUGUUCCAGCCCAAAGACUCUCUUGUGACAGUCGACGUCAGAAGACUGGCCGAGUCUGGUCUUUUGCAGUUUGUCGUGAUGAACCUGGCCAACUGCCAACCGGAGACAAGAUACAUCAGCCGCAAAAUCCUCUCUGCGGCUUACUCCACCUUGGAUAGCGAACUGAAACAGGUAGCAGAGCUUAAGGAAGACAGCACCAAGAUCGAGCCUGGACUUGUUCAUCUGUUCUCAUUCAAAGACCGUGCAACUUUCAAGGUUUAUCUGGGUAACUUGCUCACUUCUGAGGAAGAUCUUGCUCCAGUUGUCACCGUGAUGUUGUCGCAUCUUGUUCCGAUUCUGAACAAUCCAGCUCACUUCCUGUACGAAAAAACGUAUCGUUUCAUUCUUGGUGGGUCCAAGUUCCGUUCUUUCGAUAUCCCUCUUCUCAAAGCAGUCACCCAACAGUUUGUGACUGACAAACAUUUGGGCAGCACCAAUUUCAAUGACGACUACUAUAAACAAUUGUCGUGGCUACUCACUACUCUUACGGAGUCACUUACUCAUCGGAACGACCUCAAGGUGGUUAACAGAAGCGGGAUUCUCGAAUACAUUAUGGCAAUAACUGGGUCUCCAUAUCUCACCUUCAAACUGCAACAGGAGAUCUUGCGGCUGAUCCAUCGGGUCAGCGAGCUUCCUAACGGAGCAGACUUGCUAGUGAGAUCGUGCGGAGUGCUGGGGUUUGCAGAGCUGCAAAAACUGCGACUCUCUCCAAGCCAGGCGGCCGACAAUUACAGGCUGCUCGAUCUGCAAAAUCUCGCCGUUAAGACCCGCAUUAUGGCCGAUGAUCGCGUCUAUGAGUGGACAAGUAACGACUUGGACCACUGGGUGAGUCGUGUUCUAAAUUAG